AUGGACCAUCCUCUGGUGUGGGUUCUCAUCCUGGUGCUGCUCAACUUCAAUACAGAUGUCUCUGGCCAGGUGGUGGUUCCCUCUAUGAACCCCUUAGCUGUGGGCAGUAAUGUCACACUGAACCUAGUUCCCGAAAGCCCCAUCAACAUAGGGACCUGGUCAUAUGAAACUACAACCAUCGUACUUUUCUAUCCUAGUGGCAGUAUUAUGAGUACAAGUUAUCGAGGCAGAGUCUCCUUCAACCGCUCCUCCUCAGAGCUGUCCAUAAGCUCUCUCCAACUCAAUGACUCAGGACGAUAUACCGUGCAGGGAAUGGAGCCAGUCCUGACCGCUGUGGUGACCUUGUCUGUCCAGGAGCCCAUUUCUAAUGUGACUCUAAGAGCCAAUGCCACUGAUCUAGUGGAAUUGAACGACACUGCCAUUGUCACCUGCUCCGUCUCCUCUGGCACCUCCCUCUCAUACCGCUGGAUGAAUGGCAGCUCAGAGGUUGCAGCCAGUGACAGAGUUCGGCUUGGUGUUGGGAACAGCACUUUCACCAUAGUCAGUGUGACACGAUACGAUGAAGGGCCAUUCAGAUGUGAGGUCAUUAAUGGAAUCAGCAAUGGCACCAGCCAACCCAUUGACCUCAAUGUUAGAUAUGGACCCAAGCAACCUGUGAUAGCUGGUGCACCCAUUGCCGAAACAGAACAAAGAGUGACCUUCAACUGCUCAGCCUCCUCUCAGCCUCCCAGCCAGUUCAGCUGGUUCUUCAAUGGCUCCCAGGUGGCGACUGGCUCAGAGUAUGAGACUGGCCCAUUGACCUUAGCCAGUCAUGGGGAAUGCACCUGUGUGGCCUUCAACAACUUCACUGACAGAAACAGCACUGCCUCCAAGAUGCUCACCAUCAUUGGUAAAUCAGACUACAGAUUCUUUGCUUUGUUGUGUUAA